AUGAAGCCAAUUGCCAGGCUUUACGCUCACUCCCGCCUGCCAUGUCAAUUGACACGUCCUCCCCAGACACGAUCGCUCACGAACCAAGCUAGAGCGACCGAUGCCGCGUCUCUCCGACGCUCAUACCUCUAUGUUCCUUCCUCAUCUGAUCGCACACUCCAGAAGUCCCUUGUUACCCCCUCGGACGUCAUCAUUUAUGAUCUUGAAGAUUCUGUAGCACCAUCGGAAGCGGACAAGACAAGUGCUAGGAAACGGCUCAAGGCUUUCCUAACGCAAACACCGGCGACGAACCUUCCGGCCUCCAACCGAAUCGCAGUUCGAUUGAACUCGGCCGACACGCCGUUCUUUCAAGGCGAUAUAGCAGACGCGUUGAGCAUUCCUUUGAUCAGCACAUUCGUACUUCCCAAAGUGCACUCUGUCGAUGACUUGUACACGGUCUCUCGUAUGAUUAAUUCUACGGGUCGAGCUGGCCAAGGGCCCAUCAAUCUGGUGGCCAGCAUAGAAAGUGCUCGUGCUCUAUGGAACGUGGGCCACAUCGCCAGUUGGGCCUCUGGAUCACCAGGCGUUAAGCUUACGGCACUACUGUUUGCUGCAGAAGAUUACUGUGCCGAUACCUCUAUUAUCCGCACACCCUCUCGUCAAGAGCUUUUGUACACACGCUCUCAAAUAGUUGUUGCCGCUAAGGCAUUUGGUUUAGAGGCCAUAGAUAUGGUCUGCGUGAACUACAAAGAUCCAGCGUAUUUGAAAGAUGAAUGCGAAGAUGGACGUAGGCUUGGGUUCAAUGGCAAGCAAGCCAUCCAUCCUGUGCAGGUUGAGACUAUACAGACCACUUUUGUGCCGACCGAGAAAGAGAUCUUACGCGCAGCGAAGAUAUUGCACCAAAUGGAGAAGGUUCAUGCAUCCCAGAAAGGUGCGUACAACGGAAAAGAUGGGAAAGAAAUGAUAGAUGCUCCCAUGUUGAAGCAGGCAGAGUAUACGGUUCGGUUGGCUCGGGCGGCAGGACUACACAUUCCUCUUCUCUGA